AUGGCAGGAGCUCAUGGUCCCGGCGAAGGCUUUGCCAGAGACCUCGAGCGUGGCCGCGACGAAAAUGCUCCGCGCCUGUCCAAUGUCUCUGCCGGUGACGGCAUCGGCUCCGCUCUGUCGUCGACAAACUCGUCCAUCAUGGGCGACGAUAUCCAGGGCGACAUGGGCGAGGAAUGGGGCCCCCAGCAUCCUUGCUAUCCUCACAUCAACCCCCACGUGCCCGUGGAUUCGACGGAACAUGCCACGACGAGAAUCAUCCGCGUGCGACGCGACUGGCUCCUCCACGGCGACCUGGCACCGGCCUUUUCGAACCUAUACCCUGAGAUCCUCGAUCCCGCGGGCAUUUCGGAGCAGGAAUUCCGCAAGGUGAUUGGGAAGCUGAACACCGAGCUGGGCGAGGCGUUCAACCCGUAUGCUGGGCGCAACGUCGUGGACAGCGUCAUGGGCGCCCUCACCGGCUGGCUGUGGGACGACUUUGGUAUGACGGCGACGAAGAAGAAACUGGCGGCGCUGGAGAGGUGGAUUGAGCAGUGGAACACGGAGAUGCAAAAGUCCAUGUCCACCGAGGACACGGGGCUCGUGGCGGCUAAAAUCAUUUCCCUGCGACAAACGGGAUACAUGACUCUCGACAUCCAAAUACCAGAUCCAGAAAUUGCGCCGGCUCCUAGUACGGCUGGUGCAAACGAAUCCAGGACAGCGUUGUCGAUGGAGCCAGCAGCUUCUGCGAUCCCGGCAUAG